GCGAUGAUUUUCAAUCAUUAAGCUUUACAGUGUAAUCAUAAACUAAAAAUUAUGGAGAAUAAAGUUCCAAUCGUUUCAGUCGUCUCCUCCUUUAGCGGACUAACCAUGCCAGUGAUAGGCAUGGGGACAGCCUCGUAUCCACCAGUUGAUGCAGGGACCCUAAAAUCAGCCAUUGUUGAGGCAAUCAGAGCUGGGUAUCGCCACUUUGAUACAGCUUUCAUAUAUGGGUCUGAGCAGCCACUUGGAGCAGCAAUCGCUGAGGCCUUGAACAUUGGCCUCAUCAAGUCCCGGAAUGAACUCUUUAUCACUUCCAAACUAUGGUGCACUUAUGCUGAGCCAGACUUGGUCAUUCCCGCCAUCAAAAUGAGUCUCGAGAAUCUUCAGCUAGAAUAUCUUGAUCUUUAUCUCAUACAUUGGCCACUAAAGUUCAGCAAAGAGGUGAGUCGUUUGCCGGUUCCCAAAGAAGAAGUAUCUGUUAUUGAUAUCAAAUCAGUUUGGAGUGCCAUGGAAGAGUGUCAACUUCUGGGUCUCACCAAAGCCAUUGGUGUCUCUAACUUCUCUUCGAGAAAGCUUGAAGAAAUCCUUUCCUUUGCCAAAAUCCCUCCCGCCGUCAACCAGGUGGAGAUGAACCCACUUUGGCAGCAAAAGGAGCUGAAUGAGUACUGCCAGGCAAAGGGUAUUCAUGUUUCAGCUCAUUCCCCUCUGGGCUCAAAAGGCACGUUGUGGGGAGAUAACAGGAUUUUCGACUGUCAUGCUUUGAAAGAGAUUGCCGAGGCCAAAGGGAAAACAAUUGCCCAGAUUUGUCUAAGAUGGGUGUACGAGCAAGGGGCAAGUGUGAUAGCAAAGAGCUUCAACAAGAAGAGAAUGGAGGAGAACCUUGAAAUAUUUGAUUGGUCAUUGAGUGUAGAAGAAUUGGAGAAGAUCAGAGGUCUUCCCCAGUGCAAAUUUAACUCCAUCGGUACAUUUAUCGAGCCCAGCGCCGAGCUUGAGGCACAGCUAUGAUAUCAAGAACGAUGAUCAUUUAUUUUCAUGUUUACAAUUUAUAUAUGCUAAGCUUUACUUGAUUUUGGAGGGUGUUUGACCCAAAACAUGAAAGAUUUCUUAGUUCCCAAGGUGUUUGAUUCUCAAAAUUUUAAGAAUUUUAAUUUUUA